AUGGAUUUAAACUAUUUAUUGAAUGAUGAUCGAUCAAACAAUGCUAAAGAUUUAAUCAAAGAAAUCGAAGACUUGCGUAGAGAAUUUAAUGAAAAUUAUAAUGAUCCAAAGUUCAUCAGCCAAAAGAGUGCAAAUAUUAAGAAUAUCAAAGAUAACGAUAACGAUAACGAUAACAAUAACGAAAACGAAAACGAUAAACAAAAUAACAACCUCAAUCACCAAGAAUCCUCAAUCUCAAAAUUACAUUCUGAAAACUUAAAAUUAUUAGCCAUACUAAAUGAUACAAAAAUAAUAAACCAAAAUGAUCCAAUAUCAAGUUCCAUUCCCAUAAACUUUGAUCAUACAAAUAACGCUGAUUCCCUCAUUAUCCAAAAUUCAAAUCAAAUCAAAAUCGAAAACAUUAAUCAAAAAAAUAACUUUCAUUCUCCAAAUUCUACUACUGAUCAAUCUUUCUUUGUGGAAAACGUAUCUGAAAGAUUGAAAAGAUCUGCAAAAAAGAAAAUAUCCUAUUUCAAUCAAAAUGACAAUCUUUUAAUUGAAAUAAAUUCACCAAAUAAUAAUUCAAAAACAAAAGUAAAAACGAAACAAAAAACAAAAACAAAAACAGCAAGCAAAAAGAAUAAAAAUAGAAAAGAUAAUCUUCCAUCAAAAUCCCCACCAAAAAAACAAAAAAACAAAAAAAAAUCAUAUAUAUCUAAUCAAUUUAUUGAUAUCUCAGAUGAUGAUAACUAUCAUGAAUCCAAAAAUAUCCCCACUUCUUCAUCUACCAAUUCUCAAAGUUCAUCUUUUACUAAUAAAAUCACUGAUAUUAAUUUAAAAAAUCUAAUAAAUCACAGUUCGUCACAGAGAUUAGUAAAUGAUUCUUUGCCUUCAAAAAUUCACGCCGGAAUAAUAGAAUUAAGUGAUGGGGACGAUAUUGAAGUUGAUACUGUCGAAUAUCAAGGUAAAAAAAGAAAAAAAGAAAACAAUCUUAUUAUUGAAAUAAAUAGUUCUCCAAGAGACCACAAUAGUGAUGGAAUAAAAAGAGCUAAGAAAAGAAACUCCAGAAAUAUUAUUCUGAAUUCUGAGAGCGAUGGCAAUUUUAGUUAUUUUGGAGAUGAAGAUAUAACACUAGAUCUUGAAAAAUCUAAUGAAAAAAAGAAAGACAUUACAGAACUAAAUAAUAAAAAUGGAAUUGAAAUAGAUGUACCGAAAAAUUUAGUUGAGGUUGAGAAAAAUAAAAAAUCAAAGCUACUUGUAAAAAUUCAAAUCAAUUCAAAAAAAUUAACCAACUUGGCUGCAAAAAAUACUACUGAUACCCAAGAUAAUCUGUUACAAUUGAAUGAACCAAAUCAAGAAAAACAUAAAAAACCCUCAAAAAAACUUGACAAAAUCAAUAAAAGGAUUAAAUCAAAGGAUAUUGAAAUGAAAGAUAAACCAAGUUCUCAUUUAAAAAUCAAAACUGGCCAUCUUCAAGUCAAUAAUAAUGAUAAUGAUAAUGAUAAUAAAAAUAAUAAUGAUAAUAACAAUAAUGAUAAUAAUGAAAAAACCAAGCAGGGAAAUAAAACAAAAGAUCCUCCAAAGGAAAAAUUUUCUGAGAUUGUAACAAGUAUAUUGUCUGAUAGUAAUAAAGUCCUACAGCAAAGAACAAUUGCAAAGAAAACUUCAAACAAGAAAAAAAGAGAAAAAUCUCUUGGUGAAUUGUGUUCUAAAACCAAUUUUAGGCCUUAUAGAGUAGGGUUGUCAAAAAGAGUUAAAAUAGAUCACUUACAUGAGUAUUUAAAAAAGGAAACAAAAAAUACAUAA